AUGCAUUCAACUCCCUGCGUGUGCGUGUGCCCCUGCGUGUGUGUGUCCAUGCGUGUGUGUGUCCAUGUGCCCGUGCCUGCCCGUCUAACCUGUGACCCCUCCUGUGUUUCGUCACCAGCUGGCACCACCUACAUCUUUGGUCGGGGUGGGGCCCUCAUCACCUACACCUGGCCGCCCAAUGACCGGCCCAGCACGCGGGCAGACCGGCUGGCCGUGGGAUUCAGCACCCAGCAGGACGAUGCCAUCCUGGUCCGUGUAGACAGCGCGUCUGGUCUGGGCGACUAUCUGCAGCUGCACAUCGAGCAGGGCAAGAUCCAGGUGAUCUUUAACGUGGGCACGGACGACAUUGUGAUUGAGGACAGGAACGUGGUUGUAAACGAUGGUAAAUACCACGUGGUCCGUUUCACCCGCAGUGGAGGCAACGCCACGCUCCAACUGGACAACUGGCCGGUCAAUGAGCGCUACCCCGUGGGCAACUAUGAUAAUGAGCGACUGGCGAUUGCUCGACAACGCAUUCCAUAUCGUCUCGGUCGGGUAGUAGACGAAUGGCUACUCGACAAAGGCCGGCAGUUGACCAUCUUCAACAGUCAGGCCUCGGUCCGGAUCGGAGGGAAGGACUACGGCCGCCCCUUCCAGGGUCAGUUGGCCGGACUGUACUACAACGGCCUGAAGGUGCUGACCCUGGCGGCCGAGAGUGACCCCAACGUCAAGGUGGAGGGCAACCUGCGGCUGGUGGGCGAGGUGCCCUCGGUCAUUGCCACUGAGACUACGGCCACAACGCUGUUGGCGGAUAUGUCUACCACCAUCAUGGAGACUACCACCACCAUGGCCACCACCACUACACGUAGAGGGAGGUCACCCACCAUGAACGACAGGAUCACCCAGAACACAGAUGACAUUCUGGUGGCCUCAGCUGAGUGUCCAAGCGACGAUGAGGACUUGCAGGAGUGUGAGCCGAGUACGGGAGGUGAGCUCAUUCUGCCCAUAAUCACAGUGGAUGCGGUGGAAGUGGCGUCUCUGGUCACCCGCUCCCCGUUCGUGGCCCCGGCUCCGACCUACCGGCCGCAGUCUCCGGGGGUGCAGGCCACCCGCGAGUCUCUAAGUGUCCCGGGUCCCGAUGUGGGUCCCUGCCUGUCGGGGCGGGACGAUGACUGUGAUGAGGUGUUGGUUGCAUCGGGCUUGGGUUCUGGUGAGCUGUUUGAUUCCAGUUUCCCCCCCAGUGACGAUGAGGACUUUUACUCGCUAGUGACGGACCGCACGUUGCUAGGAGCGGCCCCUGGUACAGUGGCCUCCCCACCCCGCUCCCUGCCCGUCCCAGCCGGUUCUCCUCCCUCCGCCCCCAUCCCCACCUCCUCCUCCCCCGACAUGAUCCGUAAACUCCCAGCCGGUAAACUCAACACCCGCGACCACCCUCGUCUGCCUGCCCUGCCCACCCAGCCGUCUGGUGGGCGCCAGGCUCGCCGGCCCUCGGUAACCGGUGGACCCCGUCUCCCCACAGCCGGGCCCAGUGGCCCUGGGGCCCCCGGAGCUGUGGAAGUUAUCCGUGAGUCGAGCAGCACCACCGGCAUGGUGGUUGGAAUUGUGGCAGCCGCUGCUCUCUGCAUCCUCAUCCUCCUGUACGCCAUGUACAAGUACCGCAACCGCGAUGAAGGCUCCUACCAGGUGGACCAGAGCCGGAACUACAUCAGCAACUCAGCCCAGAGCAACGGGGCCCUGCUCAAAGACAAGCCCACCUGUGCUGCUGCCUCUGCUGCCGCCGCCGUCAGUGGCAACAAGACCAAGGGCAAGAGGAACAAGGACAAGGAGUAUUAUGUCUGAGGGCUCUGGCUGGCCAUGCGGGCGGGGACAGGGAGUCACACUCACUCACCUCAACCCCCCUCCCCAAACUCCCCAACCCUCCCCUUCCCCAAACUCCCCGCC